AUCCUAUUCUUUGUUUCACAUCUCUGUCUCUCUCUCUCUUUCUCUCAGUCUCUCUCAACAAUCAACAAUGUCUCUGACACCCAAAUCUUUCCUCUUUCUCUUCCUCUCUCUUCUGCUUCUUCUCCUCUUCCCACUCUCCGCCACCUCCUCCUCCAUACAAAAACUUCUUCAGAACCAUGGCCUACCCGGUGGUCUCUUCCCUGAAAAUGUCAAAUCCUUCGAUCUUGACCAGAAUGGCCACCUCGAGGUUCACUUGGAUGGUCCUUGCAUGGCUAAAUAUGAGACCAGGGUGCAUUUUGAUAGUGUGGUUAGAGCUAAUCUCAGUUAUGGUGGGCUUGUUGGACUUCAAGGUCUUUCUCAAGAAGAGCUUUUCCUUUGGUUUCCUGUCAAAGGGAUUAUUGUCAGUGAUCCGUCUUCUGGUUUGAUCUUGUUUGAUAUUGGUCUUGCUCAUAAACAGCUCUCUCGUUCUCUUUUUGAAGAUCCCCCUGUUUGUAAGCCUCAAGGAGCUCAAUUGGAGGAUUUUGGAAGGAAGAUGGGUUUUGCUGUUCUGAGAUGAAAGACAAGAAGCUCAGUUCAAGGAGAAUUUUCCCUUCUUUUCCUUUUACCUUUCUUUUAUUCCAACUUAAAAAGGAAAAUAUGGAGUAAAGUGCGUUGAUUCUAUAUAGGUUUGUAAAGAAAAAUGGAAACAGAAGGGAUAAAUUUGUGGAAUCAAAUGAUAAGCUUUUUGGAUUUCUUAGAUUCUUUCUGAA